AUGUGGUGGGGAGAUAAGAUCCACCAUGAAGCCUCCUCAGGACAUGACAGGAACGAGUCCUCCAGCUCUGCCACUCCCUCGGCCGCUCCCUCCGCUGAUCUGCCCAUCUCCCUGUUUGGAAGCAGCUCCGCAGACUGCCUCAUGCUCUCCCCGGGAGGGCAUCGAUCCCUCUUGCCCCCACCCAGACCCGUGAGCGCCAAGCCUGACCUGAUCUCCUGGCUGGAAGGAGAAGAUGAGCAUCUCUUCCUGUUCUCAGCUGAAGAGGAGGGACUGAAAGACAGCGGUAUGGGGAGAAUUCACAGAGGCGCAAAAAAAUGCCUAGACAGUGCAAAAAGCUUCAGCUGGAGUGACAAUCCUAUUUCCCACCAGAGAGCUCAUACAGGGGAGAAACCAUAUCAAUGCCUUGAAUCUAGCAGCAGCUUCAGUCGCAGAAAAAAACUUAUUUACCAUCAGAGAAUUCACAAAGGGCUGAAUGCUAAUAGAUGCCUGGAGUGUGGAAAAGGCUUUCGGUGCAAGGCUAAGUUAACUUCACAUCAGAGAAUUCAUACAGGGAAGAAACCAUAUAAAUGCCUGGAGUGUGGAAAGUGCUUUACUAGGAAAGGAAGCUUUACUCACCAUAAAAGAACUCAUACAGGGGUGAAACCCUAUAAACAUCUGGAGUGUGGAAAAAGCUUUCGGAGGAAUAAUAUAUUAACUUUCCAUCAAAGAACUCACACAGGUGAGAAACCAUAUAAAUGUUUGAAGUGUGGAAAAAGCUUUUCAAGGAAGAAUAGUUUAACUUCUCAUCAAAGAAUUCACACAGGGGAGAACCCAUAUAAAUGCCAGGAAUGUGGAAAAGUCUUCAGUCACAAGAGAAAUCUUACUUACCAUGAAAGCAUUCAUACAGGAGAAAAACCAUAUAAAUGUUUGAAGUGUGGAAAAAGCUUUUCAAGGAAGAAUAGUUUAACUUCCCACCAAAGAAUUCACACAGGGGAGAAACCAUAUAAAUGCCUAGAAUGUGGGGAAAGCUUUUCAUGGAAGAAGAUUCUAACAUUCCAUCAACGAAUUCACACAGGGGAGAAACCAUAUAAAUGCCCGGAAUGUGGGAAAAGCUUUUCACGGAGGUUUACUCUAACUUCCCAUCAACGAAUUCACACAGGGGAGAACCCAUAUAAAUGCCUGGAAUGUGGGAAAAGCUUUUCACGGAGGUUUACUCUAACUUCCCAUCAACGAAUACACACAGGGGAGAAACCAUAUAAAUGCCUGGAAUGUGGCAAAAGUUUUUCAUGGAAGGAUACUCUAACUUCCCAUCAACGAAUUCACACAGGGGAGAACCCACAUAACUGCCUGGAGUGUGGAAAGUUCUUUAGUUGCAAAAGAAGCCUUGUUGACCAUGAAAGAAUACAUACAGGGGAGAAACCAUAUAAAUGUCUGGAAUGUGGGGAAAGCUUUCCACGGAAGGAUACUUUAACAUCCCAUCAAAGAAUUCACAAAGUGGAGAAUCCAUAUAAAUGCCUGGAAUGUGGGAAAAGCUUUUCACGGAAGGAUACGUUAACUUCCCACAAAAGAAUUCACACAGGGGAGAAACCAUAUAAAUGCCUGGAAUGUGGGAAAAGCUUUGCACGGAAGGAUAAUCUAACUUCCCAUCAACUAAUUCACACAGGUAAGAACCCAUAUAAAUGCCCGGAGUGUGGAAAGGGCUUUAGUAGCAAAGGAAGCCUUACUUCCCAUGAAAGAAUUCACACAGGGGAGAAACCAUAUAAAUGCCUGGAAUGUGGGAAAAGCUUUCCACGGAAGGAUACCCUAACUUCCCAUCAACGAAUUCACAAAGGGGAGAACCCAUAUAAAUGCCUGGAGUGUGGAAACUGCUUUAGUCGCAAAGGAACCCUUCUUGACCAUGAAAGAAUACAUACAGGGGAGAAACCAUAUAAAUGUCUAGAAUGUGGGAAAAGCUUUGCACGGAAAAAUACUCUAACUUUCCAUCAACGGAUUCACACAGGGGAGAAACCAUAUAAAUGCCUGGAAUGUGGGAAAAGCUUUCCACGGAAGGAUACCCUAACUUCCCAUCAACGAAUUCACAAAGGGGAGAACCCAUAUAAAUGCCUGGAGUGCGGAAAGUGCUUUAGUAGCAGAGGAGGCCUUACUUACCAUGAAAGAAUUCAUACAGGGGAGAAACCAUAUAAAUGUCUAGAAUGUGGGAAAAGCUUUGCACGGAAAAAUACUCUAACUUUCCAUCAACGGAUUCACACAGGGGAGAAACCAUAUAAAUGCCUGGAAUGUGGGAAAAGCUUUUCACGGAAGGAUACUCUAACUUCCCAUCAAAGAAUUCACGAUUUUGUUUCAGAUCCGGUGUCCUUUGAAGAGGUGGCCGUGUAUUUCACCCGGGGGGAGUGGGCCCUGCUGAGCCCGGCCCAGAGAACUCUCUACAAGGACGUCAUGCUGGAGAACUUUGGGAAUGUGGCCGCUCUGGGACCCGUGAGCGCCAAGCCUGACCUGAUCUCCUGGCUGGAAGGAGAAGAUGAGCAUCUCUUCCUGUUCUCGGCUGAAGAGGAGGGACUGAAAGUCAUCUUCUCCGUUGGAGACAUCCGGGCAUGCUUCGAUGUCGACCCUAACCCCGGAUGCUCUCAUUCCCACUUCGGGAACUUCGAUGUCGACAGUCGCAAUCGAUGCUUCGGCACCAAAACGGUCGACAGCGGUAUGGGGAGAAUUCACAGAGAGGCGAAAAAAUGCCUAGACAGUGCAAAAAGCUUCAGCUGGAGUGACAAUCCUAUUUCCCAUCAAAAAGUUUAUACAGGGGAGAAAUCACAUCAAUGCCUUGAAUCUAACAGCAGCUUCAGUCCCAGAAAAAAACUUAUUUACCAUCAGAGAAUUCACAAAGGGCUGAAUGCUAAUAGAUGCCUGGAGUGUGGAAAAGGCUUUCGGUGCAAGGCUAAGUUAACUUCACAUCAGAGAAUUCAUACAGGGAAGAAACCAUAUAAAUGUCUGGAGUGUGGAAAGUGCUUUACUAGGAAAGGAAGCCUUACUUACCCUAAAAGAAUUCAUACAGGGGUGAAACCCUAUAAAUGUCUGGAGUGUGGAAAAAGCUUCCGACGGAAUAAUAUAUUAACCUUCCAUCAAAGAACUCACACAGGCGAGAAACCAUAUAAAUGUUUGAAGUGUGGAAAAAGCUUUUCAUGGAAGAAUAGUCUAACUUCUCAUCAAAGAACUCACACAGGAGAGAAACCAUAUAAAUGUUUGAAGUGUGGAAAACUCUUCAGGCACAAGGCAAACCUUACUUACCAUGAAAGAAUUCAUACAGGAGAAAAACCAUAUAAAUGUCUAGAGUGUGGAAUAAGCUUUUCACAAAGGUAUAGUCUAACUUCCCACCAAAUAAUUCACACAGGGGAGAAACCAUAUAAGUGCCUGGAAUGUGGGGAAAGCUUUUCAUGGAAGAAGAUUCUAACUUCCCAUCAACGAAUUCACACAGGGAAGAAACCAUAUAAGUGCCUGGAAUGUGGAAAAAGCUUUUCAUGGAAGAAUACCCUAGCUUCCCAUCAACGAAUUCACACAGGGGAGAACCCAUAUAAAUGCCUGGAAUGUGGGAAAAGCUAUACACGGAAGGAUACUCUAACUUCCCAUCAACGAAUUCACACAGGGGAGAACCCAUAUAAAUGCCUGGAAUGUGGAAACUGCUUUAGUCACAAAGGAAGCCUUACUUCCCACAAAAAAAUACAUACAGGGGAGAAACCAUAUACAUGUCUAGAAUGUGAGAAAAGCUUUCGAUGCAAAGAUAAAUUAACUACCCAUCAAAGAAUUCACACAGGGGAGAACCCAUAUAAAUGCCUGGAAUGUGGGAAAGGCUUUCCUUGGAAGGCUACCCUAACUUCCCAUCAACGAAUUCACACAGGGGAGAACCCAUAUAAAUGCCUGGAAUGUGGAAACUGCUUUAGUUGCAAAGGAAGCCUUACUUCCCACAAAAGAAUACAUACAGGGGAGAAACCAUAUACAUGUCUAGAAUGUGGGAAAAGCUUUCGAUGCAAGGAUAAAUUAACUUCCCAUCAAAGAAUUCACACAGGCGAGAAACCAUAUAAAUGCCUGGAAUGUGAGAAAAGCUUUUCACGGAAGGAUAAGCUAACUUCCCACCAAAGAACUCACACAGGGGAGAACCCAUAUAGAUGUCUGGAGUGUGGAAAAAGCUUUUCACGGAAGGGUAAUCUAACUUCCCACCAAAGAAUUCACAUAUUAAAGGAAGCAUAG